AUGGCCCACGUUGGUGGUACUAGGACUUAUCGUGCCCCAGAGGUGGCCGUAAUUUCCAGUAAACAGGUCAGCCAGAAAUACGAUGUAUGGAGUCUGGGCUGCGUGUUCCUGGAAUUCAUCAGCUGUCAUCUCGUUGGACAUGACGCCACGCGUGGGAGUUACUUCAAAGGGGACGAUGAGCGGAAUUACCAAAGUUUUGUUACAGCCCGCCUCGAGGAAGACUUUGUAGAGUCGGGAAUCCUUGAAGACAAGUAUCUCCUCUACAAAUCAGGACUGGAAGAGCCACAGGUCAAAAAUUCUGUCAUACAGUGGUUCUUGUAUCUGCAUGGACAGAAUAAUUGCUCUGAUGCUCUGCACGACUUCUGGGACGUCAUACAAGAGCAUAUGCUCGUACACAGGCCAGGAACCAGAUGGCCUAUCCAGGAAGUGCUCGAGAGAUUGGCCACGAUCCUUACUCAGAGCCGUCAAGAUGGUUCUGUCACAGAAUAUUGCCAUGUGGGAAGACCGUGGGUAACUAGUCUUGCCAGCAAUUUUCCUUCUUUAUGGGAUGAGGACGAAUAUCGCCAGCGCCUCCGCCCACACUUUUACUCCCAGGCUUCGGCACAGGCUAAUCUGACCUCGAGCGCGUCUUCCGAUGGAUCGGAAAGACAAAGCCCCACCGAUUCUGUUGGUUCGAAACACGACUUUGGGCAAAUUGAGGAUGUCUUCGCAGAUGAAACCCAUGCUUUCUCGAUCUCUAGGUCCAAAGCACUCCGGGCCCUCGGCCGCUGCGACUGGUUCAAUACCACGGAGCGAUGA